AUGGCACUAAUCUUCAGCUUGGUACGUCAGGUUGGUUAUCCACCAAAGUCCACGUUCCCGAAGGCGCUGACUCUGCGACGAAGAAGGGGCGGAUAUCGGUUGGGCGAGUUGGCAGAGGCCGAGAUCAAACACUAUGCCCAUACAUACGGGUCGGUGAUCCUGAAGUCGUCCUUCAGGAAGUUGAUAGAGGAGAUCGACUAUGAAGUGUCCCAGGCUCACAAUCAGAGCAUCACAACAACCCCGGGGGCGACACCGUUCUCUGAAAGGCAUCGCUGGUACCAAGAGGCAGUCGAUGCCCUCCAGGAGGCCGCUGAGACAUACAUCAGCGCCCUCUUCUCAGACUCCAUCAUGCAACAAUGGCAUGCAAAGCGUCUGACUCUGAACAAGGACGACUUACCCAAGCUGAAGAUAACGCCGCUUUUGAAGUCUCCGGGGAGGGGGACGUUCAAAAAGCCAUUAAUCUUCAGCUUGGCUUUUUCGGAUGGUCCGGUACUUCCGGAAGCUGCUGAGUGCUUCGGAGCGGACCAAUUACCGUAA